ACCCGGUAGCUCGUGGAUUGAUGAGUGACCCCCCGGCAGCUGAAUGAAUCCUCCUUUGUGAAGAACGAGCACACAGCGGAAGACAAGGAAAGGCUGUGAAUCAUUGUGUUUAUUCACUUAUUUUUCUUUUAGGAUUGGUGCCUCAUAUCAAUGACGACUGAACUGUAAAAUAUGUCUGAGGAAAUGAUGCCAGGGCAAAGCCCUAUGCAAGGGCCAAGCCCCGGUCCGAUGCCUAGCCCUGCAGGUUCCAUGCAAGGAAUGGCACAGCUACCUUCACCGAUGCAUAACCAGAUGCCUGCCUCACAAGAUUCAAUGAGCUCGCAGGGAAAUAUGCCGGGACAAGGCCCGAUGGGAAGUGCAGGGUCCAUGUCAGGACAGAGUGCCAUGUCUGGUCAGGGGCCAAUUCAGAGUCAAGGUGGGCCAAUUCAAAACCAAGGGGGAGUUCAAGGCUCAAUGCAAAGUCCAAUGCAUGGUCCAAACCCAAUGCAAAAUAUUGGAGGUGGCCCAAUGACAAGCCAAAUGCCUGGACAGAUGCCUGGACCAGGGCAAGGGGGACCAAUUUCAGGACAAGGUGGACCCAUGCCUGGUUCUAGUGGGCCAAUGCAGGGGCCAGGAGGACCAAUGCAUGGACCUAGUGGUCCAAUGCAAGGACCAGGUGGUCCAAUGCAAGGACCUGGUGGUCCAUUGCAAGGACCUGGUGGCCCAAUGCAAGGACCUGGUGGUCCAAUGCAAGGACCUGGUGGUCCAAUGCAAGGACCUGGUGGCCCAAUGCAAGGACCUGUUGGUCCAAUGCAAGGACCUGGUGGCCCAAUGCAAGGACCUGGUGGUUCAAUGCAAGGACAUGGUGGUCCUAUGCAAGGACCUGGUGUACCAAUGCAGGGCUCUAAUGGUGGCCCCAUGCAAGGUCCUAUGGGUCCUAUGCAGGGCCCUGGUGGGCCGAUGCAGGGGCCAGGUGGGCCGAUGCAGGGUCCAGGUGGGCCGAUGCAGGGUCCAGGUGGGCCGAUGCAGGGUCCAGUUGGGCCGAUGCAGGGUCCAGGUGGCCCAAUGCAGGGUCCUGGUGGAUCGAUGCAAGGUCCCGGUGGGCCGAUGCAAGGUCCCGUUGGGCCAAUGCAAGGUCCCGGUGGAACGAUGCAAGGGCCUGGUGGCCCAAUGCAGGGUCCAAGUGGUCCUAUGCAGGGACCAAGUGGUCCUAUGCCAGGUCAAGGUGGGCCGAUGCAAGGACCUAUGGGGGCCAUGCAAGGACCAAUGACGAGCCCAGGUAGUGGAAUGCCACCAGGAAGACAAAUGGGCAUGCCAGGUAUGAUGCCACCCCCUAGUGGUCAACAUCAAGGACCACCAUAUGGACAAGGACCUAUUCAAUUCAACCAAGGAAACUACAGUAAAUUACAAAGGGCUCUAGAGUCAAUGAAGGAACAUGGGAUGCAGGAUGAUCGACGUUACAGUCAGUUAAUGGCUCUGGCCAAUAGGAGUAAGCCACAACAUCAAGGAUAUGGUGGACCAGCAGAUGGUAUGGGGGAUAGUCCAAUGUCCGGUCAUCAGCAGCAACCCCCACCGUCAAGACAAUCAUUCCUUCCUCAGCAGCUACAACAGCUCAAAGCACAGAUACUGGCUUACAAAUACUUAGCCCGGAAUCAGCCGAUGCCCGAUUCGUUGAGAUCAGCAGUGCAGGGGAAACACCCGAUGCAAAGCCUUCAAAGACCGUCCCCAGGGAUGGUAGGACCCCCUCAACCGCCACAGCCACCACCAGUGAGUUCAAGCCAGAGCAGUGCGAGGACGCCUACUCCACCAGCAUCACAGGUUCCUCACUGGAUGCCAAAGGGUCCACCACCGCCAAGACAGCAGUCUUCCCCAGCACCGAAGGCCGGCCCACCUACAACUCAACCCAGCCCAGCACCAAAAACUCCACAAGCUGGACAGAAACCCGAGCCGAAGCCUCAGAAUUUGACCACGGUGAUGCUGAUGCAGCCGAAACAGAAUCGACUAGUGCCGGUGGCGAAACCUCAGGGAAUAGAUCCGCUUACUAUACUACAUGAACGGGAAAACAGAAUCUCUUCUCGUAUUGCUUAUCGUCUCCAACAACUCCAGAAUUUGCCUGGCUCUUUGCCAGAUGACCUCAAACUCAAGGCUACUAUUGAAAUGAAAGCUCUCCGAUUACUCAACUUCCAACGACAGUUACGCCAAGAGGUGUCAUCUUGCAUGAGGCGGGACACAACAUUAGAGACGGCAUUGAAUUCUAAAGUUUAUAAGCGAACUAAACGCCAAACACUACGUGAAGCCAGGCUGACGGAGAAACUUGAAAAACAACAGAAAAUGGAAUUGGAACGCAAAAAGAGACAAAAGCAUCAGGAAUAUCUGAGUAGUAUAUUACAGCAUGCUAAAGAUUUCCGUGAAUUCCAUCGCGGUGUUCAGAGUAAAAUCAGUAAGAUUACCAAAGCCAUCUCCACGUACCAUGCGAACACAGAACGUGAACAGAAGAAGGAAACAGAGAGGAUGGAGAAAGAAAGAAUGCGCAGACUUAUGGCUGAAGAUGAAGAGGGCUACAGAAAACUUAUUGAUGAGAAGAAGGACAAACGUCUACAUUUCUUGCUCAGUCAGACGGAUCAGUACAUCGCUAACCUCACUGAUCUGGUUCGACAACAUCAGGAGACAAUGAAGAAGAAAAAGAAAUCCAAGAAAAAGAAGAGGAGGAGGCCAGACCCCUCUAUGGAUGGGCUUGAUGAUGAAAACAGCCAGAGCAGUGAUUUGAUCGUCAAAGUUAUUGAAACAGCCACCGGUAAGCUAAUCAGUGGCCCUGACGCUCCACGGGCCAGUCAACUUGAUGCCUGGCUUGAAAUGCAUCCCGGAUACGAGGUCGCUCCCCGUGAUGAUGAUUCGACCUACGAUAGCUCGGAGGAGGAAGAGGAUGAGGAGGAUGCCGAAGAAGAGGAAGAGGACACAGAAAAAGAACAAGAACCCAAUGAGGUGGAAGAAUACCAUGGCGAAGAGCAUGAGAAUUCAUUGGAAGAUGACGAAUACAAAGGGCGUAAUUACUACACUAGCGCUCAUACAGUCACUGAGAAGGUAGUUUCACAGCCAGAAAUGAUGGUCAAUGGAACACUGAAGGAAUACCAGAUCAAGGGCUUGGAGUGGAUGGUAUCUCUGUACAACAACAACCUAAAUGGUAUAUUGGCCGAUGAGAUGGGCUUAGGAAAGACCAUCCAGACAAUUGCUUUGGUUUGCCAUCUUAUUGAGAAGAAGCGAGUCAGUGGACCAUUCUUGAUCAUCGUACCACUGUCUACCUUGUCAAAUUGGAGUAUGGAGUUUGAUAAGUGGGCCCCAACCUGUGUCAAGGUCGUGUACAAGGGUUCGCCAACCGUGCGCCGUCUUCUCGGACAGCAGCUACGAACAACCAAAUUCAACGCCCUUUUAACUACGUACGAAUAUGUAAUGAAGGACCGUUCAGUCCUAGCUAAGAUUCGUUGGAAGUAUAUGAUUGUUGAUGAAGGCCACAGGAUGAAGAAUCAUCAUUGUAAACUAACUCAGGUGCUAAAUACUCAUUAUAUUGCUCCUCAUCGUAUAUUGCUCACUGGAACACCCCUACAGAAUAAACUGCCAGAAUUGUGGGCUCUCUUGAACUUCCUACUGCCAAGCAUCUUCAAGUCUUGCAGUACAUUUGAUCAGUGGUUCAAUGCACCGUUUGCUAUGACUGGUGAAAAGGUUGAACUGAAUGAAGAAGAGACCAUUCUGAUUAUCCGCCGUCUUCACAAGGUGCUUCGUCCGUUCUUGCUACGUCGUUUGAAGAAAGAGGUGGAGAACCAAUUGCCAGAGAAGGUUGAGUACAUUAUCAAGUGUGAUAUGUCUGCAUUGCAACGUCUUCUGUACCGCCACAUGCAGGCUAAGGGUGUGCUACUAACUGACGGAUCAGAGAAAGGAAAACAUGGUAAAGGUGGCACCAAACUUCUAAUGAACACGAUUAUGCAGCUGCGAAAGAUCUGCAACCAUCCAUUUAUGUUCCAGCAAAUAGAGGAAUCGUACUGUGAACACAUUGGCCUGUCUGGUAGCAUGAUCCAGGGCCCCGAUUUGUAUCGCGUUGCCGGUAAGUUUGAGCUCCUCGAUAGAAUCCUGCCGAAACUGAAACGAACCAAGCAUAGAGUGUUGCUGUUUUGUCAGAUGACGAAUCUUAUGACCAUACUGGAGGAUUACUUUGCAUACAGAGGUUUCAGAUACUUGCGUCUGGAUGGCUCGACCAAGGCUGAUGAUCGUGGGGAAUUGUUGAAGGUGUUUAACAUGUCGGACAGCCCGUACUUUGUCUUCCUCUUGAGUACCAGAGCCGGAGGCCUAGGCCUGAAUCUUCAGGCUGCUGAUACUGUCAUCAUAUUUGACAGUGAUUGGAAUCCACAUCAGGAUUUGCAAGCUCAAGAUCGUGCUCAUCGUAUCGGGCAACAGAAUGAAGUACGUGUUUUGAGACUGAUGACCGUGCAGAGUGUGGAGGAGAAGAUCUUGGCAGCCGCACAGUACAAGAUGAACAUGGACAAGAAGGUUAUUCAGGCAGGAAUGUUUGACCAGAAAUCAACCAACUCCGAACGUAAGGCUUAUCUUGCACGAAUCAUCGAACAAAAUGCCGAUAAUGCUGAGGAGGAGAACGAGAUUCCUGACGAUGAAACUGUCAACCAGAUGAUAGCGCGUACCGAGGAGGACUUUGAGAUUUAUCAGCGGAUGGACAUUGAGAGACGGCGGGAAGAGGCAAUGGCUCCAGGACGGAAGCCUCGUCUCAUGGAGGAGGAAGAACUGCCUUCGUGGCUGAUGAAAGAUGAGAAGGAAGUAGAGAGGUUGACAAGUGAGGAGGAAACAGAGAAACUCUUUGGAAGGGGCUCAAGGCAGCGUAAGGAUAUCGAUUACUCGGACGGCCUCACCGAGAAGGAGUGGAUUAGAGCCAUUGAAGACGGCAAUCUCGAUGUAGUAGGAGAAUCGAAGCGUUCCACUAAGAAAGCAUCUAGGAAACGUAAACUUGACGAUGAUGACAACAAUGGCUCCAGGGACGGAAGUCCCAUUGGAUCCAAAAAGGACAAAGACAAGCCCAAGAAGAAACGAGGUCGUCCUCCAGUCGAAAAACUUUCUCCAAACCCACCGAAACUAGUGAAGCAAAUGAAGAAACUAGUUGCAUCCUUGGCGAGAUACAAAGAUGGUACUGGGAGACCACUUUCUCAUCCAUUCCUCACCCUACCCCCAAGAAAGGAGCUUCCCGAUUACUACGAGGCUAUCAAACGGCCUAUGGACUUCCGCAAGAUUCGAGACCGCAUUAAAAACCAUCGAUACAGAAACCUGGAUGAUCUUGAGAAGGACGUGAUGUUGAUGUUUGAGAACGCACAGAUUUACAACGUGGAAGCAUCACAGAUAUAUGAGGAUUCCUUCGUCCUUCAAUCUGUAUUCAAGAGUGCGCGCCAGUGCUUGGAGGAAACCGGUAAGCUCCCCGGAGAGGUGAGCGAUACAGAGGCGGAAGAUGAUGACGACGAGGAAGACGGCUCUCAAGGAGGAUCGGACUCGGAAAGUAAGAUGUUUGAACAUUCAAAUAGAUGAAGUUCUAAAUGUAUU